AUGGCGGACUUUGUUUCGCAGGCGCUCGACAAUUCUGCGCACGGGUUGACGACCACGAAGGCCGCUGAGAAACUAGGUCUAUCACAUGUCCAAGAACUUGUCUCUGGAAUGGAAGUGAAGCUGCUGGAGCAUCAGCUUGUCGGUGUUGCAUGGAUGAUUGAUCAGGAGAGGGACUCUCCCCACAAGGGCGGCAUCCUAGCCGACGACAUGGGUCUCGGAAAGACCGUCCAGAUGAUCGCGACCAUGGUCAUCAACCAGCCUUUGCCCGAAGACAAGCAUAGGGCGACCCUCAUUGUUGUCCCUGCCGCACUGCUCCAGCAGUGGAAGGAGGAGCUGGAGACCAAGACGAACUGCGCGUUCGACAUCCACAUCCAACAUGGGAAAGAUAAGAUCAAAGACCCUCGCCAACUGGCCGAGUGGGAUGUCGUCAUAACUACAUACCAGACACUCACUGGAGACUUCAACAUCCCUGCUGGCAUCGAAGAAGGCGGCGAGGUCGAUUGGGUGAAACAGCACGGAGGCCCAAUGUCGCAGGUCAAGUGGUACCGCGUCGUCUGCGACGAAGCCCAAUUCAUCCGCAAUCGGUCCACACGCUCUAGUAUGAUUGUCGCGAUGCUGCGUGCCAACUACCGCUGGUGUCUCACCGGAACUCCAGUCACCAACACCCUGGCCGACAUCUACGGCUACCUACGUUUCGGUCGUUUCCGCCCCUGGAACGAUUGGCAGGACUUCAACGAGUACGUCGCCAAGAUGCAGCUUGAAGACGCUCCUCUUGCUGGUAUGCGGGCGCAACAAAUCCUGAGGCCUCUCUUACUUCGUCGCACCAAAGAAGGGAAAAAGGAGGAUGGUUCGCCGCUCCUAGACCUCCCACCCAAGCAAGUCGAUCUGGAAUACCUGCAGUUUUCUGACGACGAACGCGCUCUGUACGACCAAUUCGAGAAGCAAGCACAAGUCCAAAUUAACCGGUUCAUCCGGAACAAUACGCUUUUGAAGAAUUCCCACCAUGUGCUGGUGCUUAUCCUCCGACUUCGCCAGCUUUGCGCCCAUCCGCAUCUCAUUCUCGAAAGCGCGCAAGGGUUCGAUGACCCGACAAUGAUCAUGGGGUCAGAAAUGGAGAAAGAGGUGUCACGCGCUACAGCCACCAUGGGAGCGCCAUGGGUGCGAAAUAUCAAGGAUCGUUACCUGCAGCGAGCUUGCGCGCUCGACUUUGACUGGGACGACGACGAGUCGGACGCGGCCAUGUGUUGCAAGUGCGGAGACUUGCUCGUUGAGAGCACGGGCCGCAUCAUGGGAUGUGGCGACGAAAUCUGUGUCGACUGCGUCGACGACCUCCGGACGGGCAACAUCGAGCACAACGGCGAGUUUGGCGGGCACGAUGAGAAGACGAACGCGCGGCUCGAGAAGCAGUUCGAGACCGCGGCCGCCAAGGGUCUCCGGCCGUGCCCCAAGUGCAAGAAGAUGCAGGACCUCCGUCCGAACAACAUCUUCCGUGCCGCCGCGUUCGCGCCCUCGCAAGAGGACAUCAACCGCGCCCGUCGCAACCGUCGCUCCCGGCCUGUCAAACGUCGCAAGGUCGUGUCCGAAUCCGAAUCCGAGUCGGAAGAAGACGUGAAGCCGCAGCGGAAGUCGUCCGGGAAGCCUGUGAAGAAGGAGAUCGACAUCAUCAACCUGUCGGACAGCGACUCGGACGACAGCAUGCCUGACAUCUCGACCCUGCUGAAGAGCUCGCCGAAGAGCCAAGGGAAGGACAAGAAGAAGGCGAAGGUCGAGGACACGGACGAGAACAUGUCGGGCUCCGACGUGGACGCCCCGAAACGGAACGGCAAGGGAAAGGCCAAGGCCAAGCGCAAGCCCUCCUCCACCCCUCGCCCCAGCCAGCAAGCCGGCAGCCGCAAGCCCUCCGGGACCCCCGCACCCCCCAAGCCUCCCUCGGACGAGAUGGUGGCGAUCUGGCGGCGCGGAGGCUCGAACGUCGAGCCGUCGACGAAGAUGCUCGCGCUCGUCGAGUACCUGAAGACAUGGGCGGCGGACCGCCCAGACGACAAGGUGAUCGUGUUCAGCCAGUGGACGUCGAUGCUGGACCUGUGCGAGCAGCUGUUCGCACGGUAUGGAAUCCGGAACCUGCGCUACGACGGGCAGAUGGGCAGGGAGGCGCGCGAGUACACGCUCUCGCAAUUCAAGCGCAGGGGCGGACCGAAGGUGAUCCUCGUCAGCAUCCGUUGUGGUGGUGUGGGCCUCAACCUCGUCGCGGCGAACCGCGUUAUCAACCUGGACCUCUCGUGGAACUACGCGGCGGAGUCGCAGGCGUACGACCGCGUCCACCGCCUCGGGCAGGACAAGGAGGUGGUCGUGAAGCGGCUCGUCGUGCACGGCACGAUCGAGGAGCGGAUGCUGACCCUGCAGGACACGAAGCUCGGGCUGGCCGAGGCCGCGCUGGGCGAGGGCUCCGGCACGCGCCUGCAGAAGCUGAGCGUGAAGCAGAUCAAGGAUCUGUUUGGGAUGUCGAGCAUCAACAAGAACCCUCAGGACCCGAAUCAGACGCAGCUCGACCUCUGA